AUGCCGACACCGAGUGACAACACAUCUCCUCUGAUUGCUGCUUCGAUCGCUCCGGACAUCUCCUCUCACGCGACCUGUCCCCCUGAAGUCGACAGAUUGCCUUCCUGGAGAGAUUCCUCUGAGCUGUCCACUGCUACAGAGAGCGAUGUCCCUGACAAUGCCUUGUCGCCCGCAAUGCCCUCAGCGCAAUCCCUCUUGACGGCUCGAUCAGACGAAUCUGUUACCCAGUCGGAUACAGAUGCCCCAGCGGAAGGGACGACUCCAAGCGCUCCAAUCAAGGACAUGACGAGAUCCAAUGAUGGACCUGCGAUGGGAAGAUUGAGCCCUACCGGCCAACGAGCGUGCUUGGCGAAACCAUCAUCUACAGUCCCAUCGCCAUCGACGGCCUCCCUUCUAAGUUAUGAAUUUUCUAAUAUUCGGGUUCGUGAAAUCCGAAUGAUACGCUGCACUUCUUUUCUCACUGACCGGUUAAAGCUUCUUCCUAAUUACACCUCUUCUUUCCUUCGCCCGGGGAGCAAAUUCACCGGUACACAACAGUCGGACCGCCAAGUGUACAACGUCGAUGUGGAGAUCAAACAUGUAGACAUGGCAGAGUCGUAUCUUUGCGGUUAUCUCCGCAUACAAGGCCUCACAGAAGAUCAUCCUACCUUGACGACAUUCUUUGAAGGAGAAAUCAUCGGAACCAAGCACACAUUCAAGACCAGAAAUGAAGCAUGGGGUGCAACGGAGAAGACCGAUAUGCACCAUUGGGCGAGAUUCCCUGCCUGGCGGCCCCUCGCCAAACAGGCGAAGAAGCCCGAUUUCACCUACUGGAACUUUGCAGAGCGUGAACAUAUAUUCAUGCGAUGGAAGGAGUAUUUUCUCGUUCCUGAUCACCGCGUGCGGACGAUUUCAGGCGCAAGUUUUGAAGGGUUUUACUACAUCUGCUUCAACCAGAUCGAAGGAAGCGUGACUGGCAUCUACUUUCAUGCAAAGAGCGAAAAGUACCAGCAGCUGGAACUUAAACACGUCGAAGACCACGGCUGCACCCCAGCAAUGGAAUUCCGCUGA